CACAUCCUCUUCAUCAAUUAAUUAGCCUGAAAAAGCUUUUUCACAACUAUGGCGGAGUUCGCGUUAACAAAAUUAGCAGAGUCCGUCUUGUCCCAAACAGUAGAAAGAAUCACUGAGCAUCUCAUUCAUGAAGCUGCUUCCUUGAAGAGUGUGAGGGAUGAUGUGGUGCUUUUGCAAGAUGAAUUAGAGUCUCUUCAGGGCUUCAUAAAAAGUGCAGAUGCCAAACAACACCAUGACCAACACCUCCAACGCUUGGUACUAAAAGUCAAAAAUGUAGCUUCUGAUGCAGAGGAUGUUGUUGAGACUUACAUCCACAGAGUUGCCUCCUCUUACUUCAAAGCUUUCCAUAAUAAAAGAGUUCGAGCCCAGAUCAGCUUUGUCCGGGAGAGGAUCAAAGUCAUCUUUUCAAGCAUGCAGACUUAUGGGAUCACAUCUGUUGCUGCUGGAGAGGGUAGGACGAGUAGUUCAAUAGCAGAGCUGCAGCAGAGUUUGAGAAGAUCAUCCCCAAAUGAAGCAGAUGAGGAUGUUAUAGCCUUGGAGCAAAGCACUAGGGUUUUAACAGCUGAACUGACCAUGGAGGAAGAACAGCUCCGCAUUGUCUCUGUAGUGGGCAUGGGCGGUUUGGGUAAGACCACGCUUGCCAAGAAAGUGUUUAAAAGUGUUAAACAACAUUUUGACUCUGCUGCUUGGGUAUUUUUAUCUCGAAGAUUUGUCCCAAAAGAUGUUUUCAUUGAAAUCUUGAACCAAAUUUCGGGAAAAGAUAAAGAUAAAAUAGAGAAAUGGAAUGCUUCGAAAGAGCAUGCUCUAAUGAAUUUAGUUAAGGAAGAGCUCAAGGAGAAGAGGUAUCUGGUGGUACUUGAUGACAUAUGGACGAUUGCAGCUUGGGAUUCCAUAAAACGUGCUUUCCCACAAGGAAAGAAGGGAAGCAAGCUUGUGUUUACCACUCGCAAUGGGGAUGUAGCAACAUCUGCCGAUCCAUCGAGCUCCCCAGUUGUACCUCGUGUUUUGACAUUGGAAGAGAGUUGGGAGCUUCUACAUCGAAAAGCAUUUCCAAGAGGAGGUUGUCCACCAGAAUUUAAGAGGUUGGGAAUGCAGAUGGCUCAAAAAUGUGGAGGACUACCUCUUGCAGUGAUCGUACUCGGAGGCUUGUUGAGUACAAAAAGUUCAUUGGAUGAAUGGGAGAGGGUGUUGGAAGACGUAAAUUCAUACUUGAACAAAGUGCAAUCACAUCAACAGUACGAAGGAGAGAAUGAGAUGUUAGCCUUGAGCUACUAUGAUCUUCCUUACUACUUGAAGCCCUGUUUUCUAUAUCUGGGCAACUUCCCAGAAUUUUCUGAAAUACCCAAAAAGAAAUUGGUCCGAUUAUGGAUAGGAGAAGGAUUUAUACCCAGGCCCAAACCGACAACGAGGACAAGAGAAGAGCGGAAGCAAACAUUGGAAGCUGCAGCAGAAGGAUACAUGGAAGAGCUGAUCCACAGGUGCAUGGUUCAGGUGGAGAAAAGGGACCAUACUGGAAUAUCAGGUGUCAAAACAUGCAGCAUGCAUGGUCUUAUGCGAGACUUGUGUAUAUCCAAGGCAAGAGAGGAAAGCUUCGCUCAAAUUAUCCAGCAGCAGCAUGAGUGCAACUUGUCUCCUGAUGUUUCUGUAGCUUCUUCAUUUGAGCAUUUAGAUGGUAGUCAUUCCCGAAGACUAGUCAUUCAUCCUGGUGUAGAUCUUUGUUUCAAAAAACCUUGGGCAUGCAGCACCUUUUUCAGAAAGCUGCUUGUUUGCAAUAAUAAUCCAUCUUCUUCUUUGGUGGAGUCAAAGUGGGUGGAACAGCAGGUACAUCCCAACCUUCGUUCUCUUUUGUGUUUGGGUGGCAUUCUUUCUUUAUCAACAUUAAAAUCAAGCAAUUUCAGAAUGUUGAGAGUGCUGGAACUUCGUUUUAGAUCGGGAUCUAAAAUUCCUGGAGGCAUUGGUAAUUUAAUUUGCUUGACAUAUUUAAGUCUCUCAGGCGAUAAGUAUGGAGAAAUAAGUCUGCCAUCCUCCAUAGGUAAUCUGCGCAAUUUGUACACUCUAGAUCUUGGGAAUAAUGCGAGUGUCAAAGGAUCAGUGGGAAAGAUAUCAAGGUUGGUACGUUUGAGAUAUCUGUUACUACCACUUGAUCUGCGCAAUCAAAGUGGUUUUCGAAUAGAUAAACUAAAAGAUAUUGUGACCCUAAAGAAUAUACAAGGUUCUGUGUUGAUUAGAUCAUAUGAUGCACCACACAAAUUGACUAAUCUUCGAAACAUAUCGAUGUUCUUUGAUAGCGAGGAUAGUGUUGAAGAUGAAGUGAGAAAGGUGUUGAGGUCCCAAAUCGUUCAAUCAGGCCGACUAACAUCCUUGCGACUAUAUAUAUACAGCACCGGAGCUGGAUUUCCAAGUCUGGAAUCACUUUCCUCAUGUCAUGGUCUCUCCAAAUUAAUUUUGCGUGGGAAGAUGAAAUUACAACAACAACAAGGAUUAAUACAUCUUCCACAAAGCCUUCCCAAAUUGGCUCUAAAGUUUUCUAUGAUGGAGCAGGACCCAAUGCCAUUGUUGCAGAAUAAGCUACCAAAUUUAAGGUUUCUCUGGCUUGGUAAGGAUGCAUAUGUUUGUUCUAAAAUGGUUUGCUCUGCUCAUGGAUUUCCAAACUUAGACACUCUUCAAAUCUCUAAGUUAGACAAUUUAAGAGAGUGGAAAGUAGAGAAAGGUGCCAUGCCGAGUCUCAAGACGUUAAGAAUUGAUUACCUUCCCAAUUUAGAGAUGAUUCCAGAAGGCUUGGAAUUUCUGACUUCCCUCAAAAAAUUGAAAAUUGUAGGCAUGAGGUAUUCCUUCUGCGAGAAGUUUCAGGUGAAAAAUGGAAUUCCCGGGCAGGAUUAUUACAAAGUCCGACACAUACCUUUUAUCUUUUUUAAGAAUAUUGAAAAUUAAUUUUAUGUAUUUUUUAUUUUAAUAGAUCAUUUCAAAUUUUUUUUUUUUUUAAGUUUUAAGUUUUAUUUAUGUGAUUGCUUUAUUAAAUACGACCUCUGCUGGUUUGUAUGGAAAAAAUAACCCCUGUUUUUUUAUAUUUAUUUAUAUC